AUGACCAUUAAACUUUACGAUUUUAAAUUGUUUUGGCAGUUUAAAGCCGACUGGAGCGCACCCGCGGGGCGCCCUGAGCAGGAGCAGCAGGAGCAGGAGGAGCAGCAGGAGCAGCAGGAGCAGGAGGAGCAGCAGGAGCGACGGCCCGGGGGGUCUUCGUGCCGCAGACACGGCUGGGUCUUGAGUUCUGGAGCAGAAAUAGGAAUUGGAAGAAGCAAACCGCAUUAA